ACGGAAGCCGGGUGGGGACAUUCACGCUUGCUUGCCUUACUUGCCUGCUCGUCGCGCUAGCAAGCAGAGAAAGCAAGCAGGAACUAAUAGAACUAAUAUUCUCGCGUAUAAUAAAGGCGUAUAUCAUAUAUUUUUCAUCAUACAUACGCCCUUAUACUAUUAUAAAUUGAGUUUAUCGGCCGGGAAGGGACAUUCACGGCUUCCUGCUUACUUGCUUGCUUUGCUUGCUUGCUCGCAUAGGAACAAGCAGGAAUGAACCGAGCAGAAAAAUAAUUAUAAUAUUUUGAGGCAACAGUUCCGUCAGCUGUUACAUACAAUACUUAUGAAAUAUAAAUGAUAACAAACCCACGUCUCAUACAUUGCUGUAAAAUUAGUUGUUUUUUAAAUUAAAUAUAUCUAUUUUUGAUAAACAAUGUGCAUUUGAAUUGUGGUAAAAAGAAUAAACAAUGGAUUCAUUAACACAUUCACUUGCUGAAAUCACAGUGCAUCAUGAUGGUGAAGCACUUCAAGUGCCUUUGGACAAAAAUAGCACUGUAAGCAUGAUUUCUUUGAAGUCUUUUGUUCCUGAUACGAUUGGGAUGACAUACAACAAACCUGAUGGGACCUCAGCCCUUGUACCACUUGGAAAUGAUAAAUUUUAUAUACCACAAGGAGUUAAAACAUGUUUCAUUCGUGUCAACAAAAAUAACAAUUUUCAUAAUGGAAUCAGGAAUUUUAAAGGGAUUCAAUUAAAAACAAUGCUUCCGUAA